GCUCUGCAGCCUGCGUCCAAUUUGUUAACGACCCCUUCGUCCUGCUCUAUCUCCUCAUCCUGACGGGAGCCCCUGCCGCGAGAUCCCCCUGCUGGUGCAGGGCGGAGACAUGACGGAGAGCGCGAACCGGAAAUGGGGACUGAACGAUAGUAUCAUAUCGGGUGCAGGAGCAGGUUUCGUCGCGAGCGUAGCGACAUGUCCCCUAGACGUGCUCAAGACCAAGCUUCAAGCGCAACGGGCCAGGCACGGCUCGCGAUCUUAUCUGGGCGUCGCCGGACUCUUCAAGGAGAUCAUCGCCCGCGACGGGAUCAAAGGCCUCUACCGCGGCCUCGGGCCCACGAUACUGGGCUACCUCCCGACGUGGGCCAUCUACUUCUCGGUUUACGACGGGAUCAAGAACCGGUUCGGCGAGCAGACGCCAGAAGGCUUUCAGAAGCAGAAGAGCAAGGCGCCGAUAUACCCUGCCCCGACGCCGAAGGGGUACCAGCCCUACGGGCGGGAACACCCCUGGGCACUGCACAUCCUGUCCGCCAUGGCCGCCGGCGCGUGCAGCACGUUCGCGACGAACCCGAUGUGGGUGAUCAAGACGCGCUUCAUGACGCAGUCAGCGGAUGAGGUCCGAUACCGGCACACGCUGGACGCGGUCCUGACGAUCUACCGCCAGGAGGGUUGGCGCGCAUUCUACCGCGGCCUGUUCCCCUCCCUGCUCGGCAUCGCCCACGUCGCCGUCCAGUUCCCGUUGUACGAGCAGCUCAAGAUCCUCGCCCACGGCGGCUCGUCCGAGCCGCUCUCCAGCGGCGCCAUCCUGCUCUGCUCCGGCACGGCCAAGAUGGUCGCCUCGGUGACGACCUACCCGCACGAGGUCAUCCGCACGCGCCUGCAGAUCCACCGGCGAGAGCUGGAUACGCCCGCGCGCACGCCGGGCGUGCUCCGCACCGCGAUGGACGUCGUCACCAAAGAGGGCUGGCGCGGCCUCUACCGCGGCCUGUCCAUCAACCUCAUCCGCACCGUACCCAACAGCGCCGUCACCAUGCUCACAUACGAGCUCCUGAUGCGCCAUCUCUCGCACCGGGCAUAGCGCCGGUCAACCUCCCCCGCCAAAAACCGCAACAUUCCCUCCUCUCCACCCCAAGACACUUCAACACGUACCUAACGGGCGGGGAACAGCAACUCGAAGCACGCACACAUAUCACCGUCAUACGAAACCCACACACACC